AUGGAAUUUUUCGCCAUCAUUUUGAUGGUUGCAGUCAUGUCUUCUUCUGAGUACUUAGACAACGACAUUCUGGCGAUGACCAAUGAAUUUAAUAGGCAGCUGAAUUAUUGGGCAGGACUUGCACUCAAAAAAAUCUUUGGUAAACUGAAAGUGUGUUUCAACAAGAUAAAUAUGAAGCAAGCCGGACAAUUCACAACAUACAUCAAAAUCUUGCCUAAAGGCGGUAUUCAGACAUACGAAGGCGAAGCAAUCGUUUGGAAGCGAAUUGAGAGAACUGUUCUUUUUACCCCUCUAGCCGUUUAUCCACAACUGGCAAAAUAUGGAGUUCAAUUAGAGCGGGUACGCCCUUCAAUGAUUGAUUCUGUAAGAUCGUGUGGUUAA